AUGGGGGCCAUCAUAUCAUUGCCCAUUACCUCUGGAGCAUCUUUCUUAGCUUCCUUUUUUGGGUCUCUUUCCUCGACCGUUUUAGUAUCGUCAUUCAAGUCUUUGAGCGGUGGGUCUAGCUCCUUGGCUACCCGACUCAACUAUGCGGCGCUAUUGUUGAUAAACUCACUUAUAUCCUGGAUCUCAAUGUCAUCAAACUACUCAUUCCUGUGGUCUAAUAAGAAUUGUAGCUCUACUGGAGAGUGUGGGUUCUUUACGGUUCAUCGUUUGAAUUUUGCGCUAGGUGUCAUGCAUUUACUACUGUCGUCAGUGAUGGUAAACGUGAAAUCGACAACAGAUCGUCGGGCGUCUUUGCAAAACUCAUGGUGGCUGGUAAAACUAGUGAUUUAUGCACUCCUUGUUGUGCUUUCGUUUGCUAUCCCUAACAGCUUUUUUGUAUUCUUCUCGAAAUGGGUUUCAGUACCUUCCGGAUCAUUGUUCAUUCUGAUUGGAUUGGUUCUCCUAGUAGAUUUCGCCCACGAAUGGGCAGAGAAGUGCAUUCAGCAUGUUGAAAUGGAAGACGAGAACUCAUCGAAGUGGCAGAAGUUUUUGAUUUUUGGGACGAGUACCAUGUAUCUGGGGACGCUUGCGAUGACGGUUACCAUGUACGCAAUGUUUUGCCACGACAACUGCACAAUGAAUCAAGUUUCCGUGACCGUCAACUUAUUGCUAAGUAUCAUCACAACAGGGCUCUCCAUUCACCCCAGAGUCCAAGAGUAUAACCCCAAAUGUGGCCUUGCACAAAGCAGCAUGGUUGCCAUAUAUGGUACUUACCUGACGAUGAGCGCUUUGGCUUCCGAACCCGAUGAUAGGCAAUGCAAUCCAUUUGUGAGAUCUAAUAAGACUCGCAAGUUUAGUGUUGUUCUUGGAUCUUUGUUCACAUUUGUGGCCAUUGCUUACACCACGACGCGAGCCGCUGCCAACUCAGCUUUCAAUUCCAAUGGGCAGCAAAUAUAUCUUGGAGGAGACGAUGAUAUUGGAUACGAGGGCGUCUCUCAAAACAGAAAUGAAUUGAGAACCGAGGCUAUAAGGCAGGCCGUCGAGGAAGGUGCUUUGCCGGAAAGUGCUCUAUAUGAUGCAACCUGGGCGGAUACGCCCGAUGAGUUGGGAGACUCGGGUGACGAUGAACGUAUUGCAACUCGAUACAACUAUUCGCUAUUCCACAUAAUUUUCUUCCUCGCUACACAAUGGAUAGCUAUUCUCCUAACGGUCAAUGUGACGAAAGAUGACGUAGGGGAUUUCAUUCCUGUGGGUAGAACGUAUUUCUACUCUUGGGUCAAAAUAGUUAGCGCAUGGAUAUGCUAUGGUCUUUACGGCUGGACAUUAGUUGCACCCAUGAUUUUGCCAGAUAGGUUUGGUUACGACGAAUAUUGA